UGUCAAUCCCUGUCAUAAAUCCCAAGCAAAACACUCGCCUUUACUUUUAUUAUAAUUCUGGAGAUAUGUUAACCCUGAAUCAUAAGAGGAAAGCAACCUGGAAAUCUAAACUCAAUGAACCGUGCACCUACAGUUUAAACAGCCCGCGCGAAACAUUCUGGUAACGCAGCGCCACCAUCCGAUGAUAUAACUUGCAUGGACACGGCUAGCUCGUCAUGUUAUACACCUACAUACACAUACAAGAAACACCAGCUCCAAGAAAACAAACGAAACCAAGAAGUACUAUACAGAAUAGUUGAAGAACUGUAGAAGGCACUUGAGUUUGACUUGGUUAAGGUUCAGCAAAUAUUGCAUGCCAAAAUAGGCACUGCAAAGCGUCACCAUCGUAACUUUGCAAGUAACCUAAAAAUUUCAAACGCCUGUGGUCAUUUGAUAUUUGAUUAGGUUAUAUUUUGAAAACGUUACACGCCUGUAAUAAGCAGUUGUUUGACAUUUAAUUUUAAAUUAUUUUCAACAUUUCCGUGGGUUUCGCAGACUCCAAAUCAAUUUUCCGAGUGUAGUAGUACUCUAACCGAUGCCGAUACACCGAAAGAGGAAAUACAAACUACAUAUGCAGUCACAAAUAAUUGAAUUUCAAGGCCUUAUUACAGUGACUAUAAAAGUAGAACAACUACAGUUGUAAUUAAUGUCAGUGGAUGUAACUUGACAUCCAAAGGUUAUCUGCUAAAUAUGAAAUCAUGAACUUUCAUUUACUUCAACGUUUCCAAGCUGUUGUCACUUUAUAUUCUUGUUAAACAAAGUGUCAAAUAUACUAUAUGACUAAUAUUACUCCAAAUGUACUCUUUUCUUUCAAACUUCCAACAGAAAUACCCAAAUUUAUCCACAGAAUAAAUGAACUAAUAUAUAUUCCAUAUCGAUAUAACCACAAUUUAAUAUACUCAUGAUCAUAAGGUAGAUUAAAAAAUUAAUAGUUUUCUGUAAAUUGUUAUAAGACUACGAAUUCUGUUAUACCCUGUAUAUAAUGACACUUUCAUAACACCUUGAGUACUGCUUACAGGGGCACGUGAGAUGUCACAGAAUGAGGUCUGAAACGUAAUAGACUGAUGCCGAUUGAAUCAUUUGUUUCCGUUACCUAAUACUGCUAUUGAUUUUUUCAGCUUUCAAUGCUUUUGAUCGUGAAAAAACCAGAAUGUAUUGUAAAAGUAGCAGCUUCCACUGUGUCUCUAUUGAUCGCGUUAUACUUUUUUAUAUGGAUGACGAAAAAGGCAUCUCAAAGUCUUGCAAAUGAACAUACCUUAGUACUGGACCUAGAACAAACACUACUACAUACACCAUCGGAAAGAUUUUUAUCUUUUGGUUUGGACACUUCCUUGCUAAGGAAUAUGAAUGAUCUUCCCUUACAAGACAAGCGGUUCAUAACUUUGGCACGCUACUUGGGCCCUGCAUAUGUCAGAAUUGGUGGAACAUCCGCUGAUUGCCUAUUAUUUGACCAGAGUCAAGCAACGGCUUCGUCAAAAGUACCGAGCCCCGUGGACGGCUCGGAUAUCAGUAAUUUCACAAUUACCGCUAAGGAUUUUAUAUCUUUGUAUACAUUUACAAAGGAAGCUGGUUUGAGAAUGCUCUUUGAUCUGAACGUAUUAAUAAGAAAUCCUUUGGACAACUCUUGGAACAUUAGUAAUGCAAAGGAAAUUAUAUCGUUUGCUGCGCAUCAUGGAAUGCUCUUGGAUUGGCAAUUAGGAAACGAGCCAAAUUCGUUUCAUCAUGUCUUUAACAUAAGUAUAAAUGCAGAUCAAUUGGCCCAAGAUUAUAUUCAGUUAAGGAAACUUCUCGAUACAAAAGGAUACGCAAAUAGUAUAGUUGUUGGCCCAGAAGUGAAUCACAUUGCCGAUAUUAAUGGCAAGGGUCAGGAUUAUGCCAAAGAAUUUCUAAUCAAAGCAAACAAUAGUAUUGCCUAUGUUACGUGGCAUCAAUAUUACCUCAAUGGACGGGUGGCUCGAGUCGACGACUUCAUAAAUCCCGAAACAUUUAACAUUUUGCCAGUACAAAUUAAUGCGAUGAAGUUUAUGCUCAAUGAAGUGGAGAAAGAUAUCGAUAUGUGGCUUUCGGAAACCAGUACGGCAUUUGGCGGUGGUGCUCCAGAACUGUCAGAUAGAUUCGUAGGUGGCUUCUUAUGGCUGGAUAAACUUGGAUACAGUGCCCUCUCUGGGCUAAAUGUCGUUAUAAGGCAAUCAUAUUUCGGUGGAAAUUAUGCCAUGGUUGGGCCAGAUGUAGCACCAAAUCCGGAUUGGUGGGUUAGCGUGAUAUUCAAACAAUUUGUAUCGGAAAAAGUUUUGGAGUUAUCAUCGAAUAAGUUCGAGUAUCUGCGGUUGUACGCACAUUGCACUCCCCAAAGUGCUUCGCUCGAUAAUGUUCCAGCAAUUACAAUUUACGGAGUUAAUAUUAAUAGCAAGUCUAUGAGGAUAAAUAUCGAAGGGAUUAUUCCAGCACCAAACAAAAAGAUCAUUGUGUCGUUGUAUGCUCUUACUUCUGACCACUUGCAAUCAAGGAAUAUCAAUUUGAAUGGAGAAGUAUUGAAUCUACGAUCGAAUGGACAUUUACCACCGUUUAAACCGGUGACUUUGAAUACAUUGGAGUCAAUUGAAUUACCAUCUUAUUCCAUGAUUUUCCUUGUUAUACACCAUGUGAAUAUUCCGGUAUGCUCGAUGUCUUAAGGUAAAGUGAAAUCCACCGAGAAAUUUAAUCGACGUUGGUAAAAAAGAUUCUUCUA